CCCAUAAGUUGGAGAGUACCUGUAGAUCACCUAUUGUAUGUCUGGUUAUCAUACGCUCACUAUUGUGGGGUAUCACGUGCAGCGAAUCACAACCAUCAUGAGUAAUCCAUCCAUUGAUUAAAAUCACCAUGUCUUCCACCGUUGUUGGGGCGUUAGCAUGCCAGAAGAACUCGUUUCUCAAGACCUUUCAAACCAGCGUUGUUUCUAGUCGUGAGUAUGUUCCUCUAGAAACUUCUCGUGAUAAACAGAACAAGAACCAGAAGAAGAAGAAGGUGGAAACUCCGCACCAGGUCAAGUAUGCCGUAGAGCUAAAGGAUACUAUCUUGUUCCCUGAGGGAGGUGGUCAGCCAUUUGACAUGGGAACUAUCAAGCUUCCUACAAACGAAGUUAUUGAAGUUCAAUCGGUGUUGAGAGACAAGUUGACUGCGUUACACAUCACCGAUAAGCCAGUGGCACCCGGCACCGAAGUCACGCUAAAUGUUGACUGGAAGAGAAGAAUCGACUUUAUGCAACAACAUACUGGCCAACAUCUCUUGUCUGCCGUGUUUGACACUUAUAACUUGGAGACUUUGAGUUGGUCAAUGGGGGAGAUGAUUAAUUACAUCGAGUUGCCAGAAAAAGUCAGUGACGAUAUAGUCAACGAGGUCAAUGAGAAAGUCAAUGAUCUUAUCUUGGAGGGCCUCCCAAUUUCUGUCUCUACUCCAGACGCACACGGCGGGGAAAUUGAUACCUCUCAUAUUCCUGACGAUUAUGAUUUAUCGAAGGGGAUCAUUAGAGUAGUGAAAAUCGGUGAUUUGGAUACCAACCCAUGUUGUGGAACCCACUUGUCUUCAACUUCCCAAAUUCAGGCAAUUUCUCUUUUGCAUCAGACCAAUGUUAGAGGCGGUCACUCGAGAUUGCACUUUCUUUGUGGAUCUAGAGUUUAUCAAUACUUGAGACAACAAAACCAAAUUUUGAAGAAUGUGUCAGGAAAUUAUCUCUCCUGUCAGAUCGAAGAGGUUCCUGAGAAAGUUGAGGCAUUGAAUGCCAAUUAUAGAAAGUCUCAAUCAAGAGAGUCGACGUUAUUGAAGGAGCUCGCUGCUAUAGAAGCAUCCAAGGUUUUCGAAAAAUUCAGCAAAUCAGAGAAACUGGUGGACUUUAUCUACAAGCCCGAAAACAAUCCUGAAUUUAUCACUUUAGCUCAGAAGGAGUUGGCCACUUUGAUCAACACCAAUACUGGCUCUGGUGUAGAUUUGACCGACAAACAAACGUUGAUCCUCUUCAAUGGUGAUUAUCCAUCUGGUACAGGUGGAAUGGUCAAGGUCCUCGGCCCCAAAGCAGAAGAGGUGCAAACAGAGCUUAAAAAGCGUAUCAGUAACUUGAAAGGUGGUGGAAAAGGUACAUCAUUCCAAGGAAAGAUUGGUAAAUAUGAGAAGGGCGAGAUUGAAAGCGUGUUUUCUUACUUGGAGAAUUUGGAGUAGCGGAGCCGAGAUUGAUACCAAUUGGUGACGAUUGAUUGAGCCAUGAUGCCUAUGUGAGUGGUUAGUAGAAUAUAAAAUAUAUAUGUGUCUAGAUCAUACAAGUUAGUAACAAUUCAAAAAAAUUACUCUCGGUGUAACU